AAAUAGUGUUAAACAAUUAUUCCAGUAUUCGGAAUUAUCUGCCGCUUGAAUACUUUCUUCACGGAAAUAAUGUCCGAUACUGAAAAGAAGAAGUCGUGGCAGGACUUGGUUGACUCCAGUCUUCAGGAGAAGAUUAGUGAGGAGAGGAUAUGGAGGGAGAAGAUGUUCAGUAGCCUGAAGAUAGAGGUGGAAAGCUGGAUCAUUGAGAUGCAGCAGGAGUGGAGGCUGAGGGAGAGGACUCACAGAGACCAGGUCUACAAGCUGCUGCUUAUGGACCUUCCUCAGAGGAAGAGAGCCAUUGACCGCCUCAGAGAGAUGGACCUCCUCAACAGUCAGCUGGAUAGAGCGGAGGACAGAGAGGAGAGAUGGAAGUCCCUGAGAGAUGCCUGCCUGGUAAACAAGCUGAGGGAGGAGAAGAAAAAUGAGAAUGAGAAAAUGAUGAGCUUGAAGGCAGAGCUGGAGCAACAGAAAACAGAUGUGGACAGAAGGGAGAGAAAGGUGCAGCAAAUGGAGAGGGACAUCCUGACCAAGACAAAUGAAGUCAAUUACAAAGUCAUCUCUGUGAACAGAAAGGUGAUUGCUCUAAGGUCUAUGGCUGAGAACAUCAAAAAGGAGCAAAAAACCCUGUUGAGAGUCCAGGGCAGGCAUGAACACCUGGGACCAGGUGAAGAACUCCUGAGCAGUCCACAGAACCAGGGUGUGAAAAUGCACACUUUGAGGAAACAGGAACCCUCUAAGGUUAGGAGCCCGGCAAAGAAACAGGGAGCAAAUGCAAAAAUCCUGAGAGUGCGAGAGUUUCAGGGAAGUCCAAAAAAACAGGAAUCUCGGAUGCAAGAUUUCCAGACAGGGACAAAGAACUUGACAACUCAACAGAGCACCAAAAAUCUGGAUGCAAUGAAAAGUGUCAAGCAGACCAGAGCCAGAGAGGAUCCUUUUGUGAGAGCACAUGAAGUGCCAGAGGCUGCACAGAGUGAGAGAGAGGAAAAGCCAAGAGAGCAGUCCUUCACAGAGCAAAUGGUGAAAAAGAAAGCAGACUUCCUAAAGAAAAUAGAUGAGACGAUGAAUGAGAGAAGGCAGACGAAGAGGGAGAAUGAGCAGAGGAAGUGGGAGGAGUUACAGAAGAGGCAGGAGAUGUGGCAGAGGAAGAGGGAGAGUGAACAGAGGAAGUGGGAGGAGUGGGAGAGAAAGGAGAGGGAAUGGAAGGAAGAGCGAAUGACUGAGGAGCAGAAGAAGAGACGGGCAGAUAAAGAGGAAGCGGAGAGGGUUAAGGCACUGCUUCCCAAGAAAAAGAACAAAUUCAAGUCAUUUGUUUUUCAUUUAUUCUUUGUGUAAUUCAAAACCAAGUUCAGCAAACUCAAAUCUGGCUUGUAGCAGUGGAGAAAUGAUAACACACGAUUUCCCUUUGGCCUCAGUUUAACAUCUAGCAUUUAUAAAAUGGAAUAA